AUGCCCGAUGCCGAAGGGUCAAAAAUCUGCACCUAUAUGUAUUCCGUUUCAUGUUCUAUUAUUGCUGAAGUUUUAAUGAUAUUCGGCUAUAGAAAUAAUGCAUGGUUAGUAUUUCAUAACGACGAAAACGAAAUUCAACGCGGACUGAAUGAUGACUGCUUGAAAACGGACGUCAUAAAAUGUCAUUCUUGGCGGUCGUACUCAAAUAGUUCGAUGACAUUUCCUGGACUGUCUACACCAUUGCCGCCGCCUAGCACAGCAAUGUACAUAGCGCUAUAUACCGCUCGUGGCCUUCUUCUUAUGCAAACAGUAUGGUUUAUCUCGUGCAUUAUUUGCUGUUGCAACCUUAAAGCAGAAGAAAUCGCCAAAAAAUAUCAACGGUUCCUCUUGCAGUUUUGCGCUUCAAUAGGUAUUUUUCCAUUAUUUUAUACUUGA